UGCUGCAGGAUUCAGACUGUAAACACACAUAAACUAGGUUUUUUGUAACGUUUCUGUUGGUCUGUGAAGCUUCAGACUGCAAACAUCAAUCCGUGCAGAGAUGGCUGAGAGCUUAGAGGAUGCUACUGUCAGCUCAGCGGUGAAUGGAGAGAUGAAGAAAGAGAGGAAGGUGGCUGUCAUCACCGGCAUCACCGGACAGGUUCAUGGUAUUCUGCGUCGUUCCAGCUCCUUCAACACGGGACGCAUUGAACAUCUUUACCAAAACCCACAGACUCACACUGAAGGCAGUAAAUUGCAAGUUGACAUGUAG